AUGGAUCCUCAGUGUUCGAAAUGUAAAGCAGCAAUUAGGAAAUAUAACUAUUCAGUAAAAGAGAUAGAAAGAAUGAGAAACGACUAUGCAGAUUUAAAGAGGGAGGCAGAGAAGCCGGUAGAAGAUAAAAUGGACAUGUUAGCAUUUCUGAACAAAAACUAUCCAACUGCUGACGAUUUCCUUCUAUCUGAUGUCAAGAAGAAGUAUAAAGAAACUUUCGGCCUUGUUAAAAUUUUUGAUAUCCUCAGCGAAGAAAUAGAAGCUACAAAAAUAUUUAAAAUUUCACGAAUUCAUAACGUAUAUCAUGUGAAACGUUUAUAA